GUUUGCCCGCCGACAAGUGGGUGUACCUUCAGGUAGCCUGGUAGGGUCCAGAGUGCACCAGCGACCAUCACGCACCCUCAGAUAGUCUCCAUCAAAGUAGAUAUAGCCCUACAGACGUAUCCAAUAUGGCAACCUCGUUCCCCGUGUUGCACACCAAGGGGGGCUACUUUGACGUCGGCUACAGCAUCGGCAGCACCUUCCAGUCCCGCAUACAGACUUACUUAGAAUCGUCCGCUCUCUUCAAGGAGACGCUGCUUCCGUUUUACGACACUCGCGAAGGACGAGAUUUGGUGGAGACCAUCAUGACCCUGACGGAGAAGAACUUCCCCAUGUACAUCGACGAAGUCCAGGGGACUGCUCAGGGGGCCGGGCUGCCGUAUGAGAUGUUGUUCGUUAACAACAUGCUGAUGGAGAUCUACUUUGGCUACUCGAAAAACACGCCCCGACUUACACGUGAGGAUCUCGGAUGCAGCACCGUCUAUAUCAACCGCCCGGAUGUUAAGGUCAUAGGUCAUAACGAAGACUGUGAAGAUCUGAUUAAGCACCUCGGCUAUGUCGUCGAUGCCACUAUAAUCGAAAACGACGUCGUUGAAGAGAAGUUUACAAGCCUUUGCUACCCAGGGGGACUUCCGGGUGCGUCAUUAGGUUUUAAUUACCACGGGUUAACAUUUUCGAUCAACACCGUAGUAGCACCAACGGUUGGAGUGACAACACCGACCAAUUAUUUGACGAGGGCAAUGCUGAGAGCUUCUAACAUUGACGAAGUAAAGGACAUUAUUACCAACGCAGGGAAUGGAAUAUCGACCGGCUGUAACAUCAAUGUCGGGUCUGUUGUGGACACGUCAACUCAGUGGUCAGUUGAAGUCGUACCCAGAGUGUCCGAAUCCAAACUGUCCGUACAAGAAAUCCACGAAUCUGAUGACCCCGAGAAGUCUACAUAUUUUCACAUGAAUGAGUAUCGUCAUAUGAACAUCAAGGUCGAAACAGCUGCAAGAUCGAAAGCGAGGCUUGAUAGAGCAAUGUCACUUCCGGUGCCAACUUGCGCAAGGGACGCUAGGAAUAUUCUAGGUGAUGUCAAAAAUCUGAUGCAUCCCAUUUUCCGAACUGUUCGCCCGACAGAUGGCGCCGCCACAGCGUGCACGGGAAUAUUUGAUCUCCUGAACAAAAGACUUGAUAUAUACUUCGACAACCCAUCUAUGGACAUAGAACCUUUGUUAACGUUCAAUAUGGAAAGCUCAUCUCGACGUUAAAUUACCGGGAAUCAUACUCACUUAUCAUCCUGUAUCUUAGUGUUGGAACAAAUAAAUAAUUAUAUUAAAACCGUACAUAAUAUACACUACUGGAGGUUUAUCACUGCUGUAUAAGUGAUGCAUCACACUGUCUACAUCUGUUGAAAUAGCCAAAGACGAUAUUGUGAACAUCUGUUUGUUUAGCUUAAGUCCGCCAUAUGUCACUCAAUGCCAAGAAAACAUGUGACGAAUUAUCAUUCAGAUUACUCGUAAAAAAGAGGGAAUGUGACCAUUUCUGAAACGCAAAUAAUGACGAAAACUUUCUGACUGUUAUAAAUACAUCUCACAUUGUGCGUUUGUGUUUCGCUUGAUGCGAUCACAGUCAGGUACCGUCGUUCCACGCUCCCAGUCAGGAAAACUGUUCCAUUCUUCAGUAAGAUCAUUGCCGACUUCCUGUAGAUGUCCGGAAGUACAGGACGUCGUGAGAUGGCGAUCUGCAGCUCGUUCCAUACGCCCGAUUGUGUCUUGAUCUAGAUCGGCUAUUUCAUCCUGAGAAGAGUCUCCUGCUCUGAGAAGACAUCCAUAACUCCCACUCUGAAGAUAGCACGUCAUCGUCCAUGCCCAAACGUGGCCCGCUGUACCACUUGCAGAAAACAUCUCAAAAAAUGAUUGAGCCCCCGCCAUGCGUCCGCAAAGAUCCAAGAAAGAGCAUUGUCGCGUUCUCAUGCGAUCAAGUGACAAACAAAAGCUUCUAGAUCCGACAGUGGAAUGUAGAUUGUGUCGGUGUGCGGAGGUUUGGCUAUUGCACACACUCCAAAGAGCGGCAAAUCCUGCUCGUGCUUGUCCAUUCGGAUUAAAUUCCAGAAUGCUAUAAACUUUUAGUAUCACACAGUUAAUAUGUUGACAAAGACCAUACACCUGUUAAAGAAUAUCGAACUGACCUAUGGACAAACACAUAAUGUGCUUGUUUGUUUGCAUAUAAAUGCUAUACUGGUGUCACA